AAAAAAAAAAAAAAAAAAAAAAACAACUAAGCAUUCCUCCAAACGUAACACCCGAAAUCAGCAUCAUCUAAUUACCAUCUCAUUGCCCGUCAAUUAUCCCAGACUAGAUAACGUCCGCUCUUACAUUCUCCAAUCACCAACAAUCAAACCUUCACAAUCAACAGCAUGGCACUCAAAAGAGCCCUUGACGAGGGCCCGACAACCGGCGGUCCGGAUAAGAAAAAGGCCAAGCAUGGCUUCCGUGUUGGCCCAGAGAACCUCCCAGAUGGAGCGUGGAAGCGCAAAGUCACCAAGAUCAAGAGGGAGCUCAUCACCAAGGCCAAAGUCAAGAAGCAAUACGCCAAAAUUAAAGCCCAGAAAGAAGCCGAAGCCCCAGCUGCCUCUAGUGUCCCCGUCGGUCCCGUUCUAAAUGCCCACGUCACCGAGGAGGAUGACAACAGCAACUACAAAAACGACAACGAAGUAGAGAGAGAUGUAGAUGCCCCCGCGCCAAUCCACCCUUCGCGGCAAAUCCUCCUCGACAAAGGCGCCACUGCCAAAGCAGCUAGAGCCGAACAACAGAAACCUAGUGAAGAAUCGCACAACGAGAAUGAAGAGAAUGCAAACGGAGGAGAAGAACAAAAAGAGGUCCAACGGACAACAACGACAACAAUAACCACAACUACCACCCAGGAAGACGAUGACGGUGUCUACAUUCCCCCACCCAUGGACCCAAACAUGCACCCCUCGCGCCUUCCCAAACGCCACCGCAAACCGAACUACUACGAAAAGGAGCUAGCGCUCGCCGAGAAGAAGAAGAAGCAGGCGGAAGCGCGGGCGGCCGAGAUUGCGCGGCGCGAGGAGGAGAAGCGCCAGCGUAUCGCUGAAAGAGAAAAGUAUCGCAAGCAGAUGGCCAAGGCGAGGCAGCCGGGAGCGAGGGAUGGGAAGAUGAAGCUUGGAAGGCAGGGAAAUUUGUUGUUGGAUAAGGUCAAGAGGAUUGUUGGACAAUGAACACGGUCAGUGGCACCCGGGGAAGAGGGAGGGUGGCUGGCUAUGUGCUCGAAAGCGAGUUGGACGGGGCGAGCCAGGGCUGGACCUGUUGGUUUGUUGGGUGUACAUUUCUGCACUCAGGUUAUGUUAGGGUGGAAGUUGGGUGGGAAUGCCUGACAAAGUUGUUGCGUCUGUGAAAGACAUGAUACCCGGCUGGAGAAAGGGAGCAAGACAAGGAAAUGCUUUUAUCAUGUCACGAAGAGAAAGGACAGUCAAAACAUUCAAGCAGCUGCUUGUAGAAUGUACAAGUUACCUUUCCUUGAUGCGGCCAUGAGGACAGUUGACCACUGACAUGAGAUUGACAAUACAUAUCUGACCGAGCC